CAAAGGAGGAGGACCGCUGCGGUUCUGCGCAUUCGAAGCGCUCGCAACGUGUCGUCAACACACACUUCCACCGCUUAAGGCAUCGCAUGGUGCGCGCGAAUUCAGUUCGUCGGAAGAGACCGUUAUGUCAUUACGUGUGUAGUAUGUAGGUGGAAGCAUUCUAAUAGGUGACUACCUUUUAGUCGAAGUCAAAGGAUUUUCGCUACGUGGAUAAAAGAUCGCUCGUUUCACAUUCCGUGAGAUAUUGUUCUACAAGAAGCUGUGGAUUAUAAGACCACCGACUAGAAUUUACAUUCUCACCCAUUAUCACCCGGCCGUGGACUAAUUAUUCCAUAAACAUGUUUUUCCGGUGUCCGUUUACCGUGUCCCGUCGGCGCACAAAGUUGUUGCUCGUCCUCUUCGUUACAAUUGUGGCCAGCCCCACGCUGUGCAAAUGCUCGCCCGACGAGACCGAUUCACAGGCAGCGACAACGACAGCCACAACAAUAGGCACCACGGUUUCAGCUGCGGAGGCCGAGGUCAGCUACGUAAACACGCUCAAGGAGUGGAUCGGCAAGGCAAUCGACCAGUCCUCUCCAGAGUUCACCCGCAAGCUUCUAAAGGCCGAGGUGUCGACUGACUGCAGCUUCGGCCUUCUUAAGCUUGUGCGAGCAAUCAAGAACCUCGAUCCCUGGGCCGUCAGGCUGCUCGAUGCAUCCGGCAAGUACCCGACGGGAGCUCUCCAGGCGACGCGCGCGGACUUCGGCGCGUUCGACGAGUGCCUGGAGACUGUACUGCUGGACCGCGACGGGGACGUGGAGGCCCGCGGCCAGUACUGCAGCCUGCUCAUCUACGCUCGGAACAACAGCGACGCGGAGAACCACAUCCUGCCGGCCAUCGAGAUGGCCCAUCCCAAAGUGAGGAAAUUUCAGAAGUACUUCUACGACCGCAGAUUCCCCACCUUUCGACUGGCUAUGUGCACCAUGAACUUCUGCAACGAACAAGAACUGCAGGAGCUGGCUAAAGCAAUUAUUCCCCCUGCGGUGGAUUUCAAGGUCAAGUACUGCACGACCAGUGAAUACCAACGUCCGACUCUGACACAGCGCGUCAUCCUCGCAUUCCUGGCCAUGGUCGCCUUUAUGGUCGCCUUGGGCACUGGAUUAGACAUCUACGCCGAAAACAAAGCACCCAAGUGUCGACACAAUGCCCUGGUCUGGGUGGCGCUCUGCUUCUCGCUGCUGAGCAACACGCGCUCCAUGCUGAACAUCAACAACGACAAGAACUCGGACGCCUACAGGUUCCAGUUUCUGCACGGACUCCGCUUCCUCAGCAUCGUAUGGAUCGUCAUCGGACACUGCUACGGAACGCCAUCAGACGUCUGGUCUCGCCUGAUAAACAACAUAUCUCUCAGUGACCGCUGGGACAUCGCGAUCAUAUCAGCCGGAUUCAUCAGCGUCGACACAUUCUUCUUCCUCAGUGCCUUUCUGCUUACUUGCGUCGUUUCCAAGCAAAAGCGUGUCGGCGUUGUGAUGUUCAUCAUGGCUGUGUUCAGGAGGCUGAUCAGGACACUGGUGCCGCUCUUCUUCGUGAUCAUGUGCAUGUACCUCCUUCCACUUAUUGUGUCCGGGCCUGAGGCACCGGAGUUCUUCGAGAAGCUGGAUAACGAAGUCUAUGAAAACUGGUGGACACUCUUGGUGCAGGUUCGAAACUACUUCUACAGGGACGACGAUGUGCCACUGCUCCCUCACCUGUGGUAUCUGUCAGUCGACUUCCAAUUUUUUCUGGUUGCUCUGCCCAUACUCCUGAUCUGCAAAAAGAGACCACAAUUUUCCAUCGCACUGUUUGCGCUGCUGUCGCUAGUCGGCUGUUCGAUUUCCACGUGGCAAGCGGCCAGCAGCAACAGGACGCCUUUCAUGGUAGUGAUCGUCGAGUCCAUUGAGGUGUUCUUGGAAACGACCUACCGGUAUUACUUCUACCCUUUCUACCACGCCAUGUGCUACUUCAUGGGCUGCGUCACUUUCCUCUCCUUGAGUUGGUUCAAGAGCAAGAAAAUGUCUCGUAUGUUCCAAACUGUUGCCUGGUGUAUCGCCAUCGCCAGUGGACUGUGCUGCAUUUCUAUAAAGAUUGCGUGGUACAGAGAGGCUGACCCAACCACGCAAUUUGGAAAGCUGUCCACUGCAUUUUUUGAUCGGAUACUGUGGUGCAUCUUCCUAAUGUGGGUGACCAUGGCCUGCGCGACCGGAAGGGGAGGGUUCAUCGGCAAGUUCCUAGCGUGGAACGCUUUCGUACCCCUCAGCAGAUUGGCCUUCGGAGUCUACCUCAUUCACGUGCCAUUCGUCCAGCUGUUCUUCCAUAUAUCUCGGGAGAGGCUGUCCUUAGAGCACUAUAUCGUGGUUUCGCUCAUCUUCACCGCGCUGGUUUGGAGUUACCUCCUCAGCUAUCUCCUGUUCAUUUUCUGCGAAGCCCCGACGGCUAAGGUGGACAAGCUUGUGUUCGAGGGGUGCCGCCGCAGCCAACCAAAGCCUCCAGCCUGCCCCCACUCAGCUGCCGAGGCCCCGAGUGGCCUCUCCUCGGACAAGCCUGCCGUCAUCCCGAGUGUCAGUGAUGCCUACAGCGCGAUGGAAGCGCAGAGAAUCAACGGCACCGUCGAUAACUGCGGAUUUUUCUGCGGUAAAGGACACUCGGGCAGUUAUCAGCUGUAAACUUAUUGCACCGUGUCCUAGGCAGUCAACAUCAUCAGCAUUUCACUCACACAAGCACUGCUCGUCUGUAAAUAAAACAUAUUUUUUCCUC